AUGGGGAGCCUGCCCAGCCGGGAGAAGCCGCUCAGCAGCCCACCACCGGUUGCCGACACCAUGAAUCCCCCGUUGCCCACGCAGGCAGCACCCAGCGGCUUCCUGGCCCUCUGCGACUUCCCCUCCGGCGCGGGGGCGGCCGCCAUCCUGAGGAUGGGGGAGCAGCUCCGCGUCCUCUCCGAGGAUGGGGAGUGGUGGCUGGUGGUAUCCGAGGUGUCCGGCAAGGAGUGCCACGUCCCCAGCAGCUGCGUGGCCAAGGUCAGGCACAGGUGGCUGUACGAGGGUGUCAGCCGGCAGAAGGCAGAGGAGCUGCUGCUCCAGCCGGGCAACCGCAGCGGGUCCUUCCUGAUACGGGAGAGCCAGACCAGGCGAGGCUGCUACUCGCUGUCAGUGCGCCGCAGCGAGCGCGCCUCCUGGGACUCGGUGAUGCACUACCGCAUCCACCACCUGGAGAACGGCUGGCUCUACAUCUCGCCCCGGCUCACCUUCCCCAGCCUGCACGAUCUGGUGGACCACUACUCCGAGUUCGGAGAGGGGCUGUGCUGCCUGCUCAGAGAGCCCUGCUCCACGGAAGGGGCGAGGGUGGCCCCGGUCCCCGCCAUGCCCGCUGUCGUGAAGAAGCCGUCACUCAACUGGGACAAGAUCGACAGCUCCCUCCUGUUCUCGGAGGCCGCGUCCCCACCCGAGGAAGACUCUCCCAUCAGCGCGGGCCUGCGGGAAGCCAUCAGCUCCUACCUCCUCCUGACGGAGACGGCUGCCCCGGAGCAGGGCCCUGCAGGGAAGGGGGGGAAGAACAGCUGA